AUGGCGCUGCCCUGGGCUCUUGCAGUCCUGAGCCUUCUUCCUCUGCUGGAUGCCCAUAGCCUGGCGUGUCCCAAUUUCUCGGUGCCCAUCACCAAUGCCUCCCUGGAUCAGAUCUCUGGCAAGUGGUUUUUUAUCGCUGACGCUUCCCGCCUCCUAGAGUACAAGAUGGAAGUUAAUGAAUCCCAUGCAUUCUUCCUUUAUUUGACCCCCAACCACACGGAGGACAGGAUACAGCUCAGAGAGUAUAUGACCUUUGAGGACCAAUGCAUGUAUAACUCCACCAACCUGAGGGUCCACCGGGAAAAUGCAACCCUGACCAAACAUGAGAAUGGCGCACAAUAUUUUGGUCACUUAUUGCUGCUCAAGGACCCCAAGACCUUCAUGCUCGCUACUUUCCCAGAAGACAAGCAGGAAUUGGGGCUGUCCUUCUUUGCUGACAAGCCAGAGGUGACCCCGGAGCAAAUGGGAGAGUUCUAUGACUACCUCACGUGCAUGGGCAUGGACAAGUCGGAUGUCCUGUAUCCCAAUCAGAAAAAGAAUAUGUGCCAGCAGCUGGAGAAGCAGCAUGAAGAGGAAAGAAGGAAGGAAAAGGAGAAGUCUGA